UGUGAUGUGUAUUAUGUGUUUCGUGUGCAUCUCCGCCCAUUCACGUCUGUGAAAUGUCUCGUCUCGGUGCUGAAGAAUCUUACUGCGCUAUAUGACCGUAUACCUAGUUUUUUAGAUUCCAGUAGUAGAUAUAUAAGCUGUUAUACCCAAGUUGUUUUGUGGGAUUUCCAUCAGGCAAUAAGGAUGAAACGCAAAACAGCAUCGGACUAUCGCCGCAUUCUUUUUGUGUCCGUUUUCAUGGCGCAUAGCGCAUUUGGAGAUGUGGGCUACUCUUUUCCCGAGGAGAUGGAUCCAGGAUCUGUGAUUGGAAAUAUAGCUAAAGAUCUCGGACUUGACGCCGGCAGGCUGGCUGCUCGCAAGGCUCGAAUAGAUACGGAAGAUAAAAAACGUUAUUGUGACUUAAAUAUGAAAACUGGUGACCUAGUUGUGAAAGAAAGAAUCGACCGAGAGGAGCUUUGCUCCAAGGCGGCCUCGUGCGUUGUGAAAUUUGAGUUAAUAUUAGAACGUCCCCUGGAACUGCAUCGUGUAACACUCCAAAUCGAAGACAUCAAUGAUAAUGCACCUUUCUUCCCGAAGGAGAUUAUUAAACUAGAAAUACGCGAAUCUGCAAUAAAAGGAGCCCGCUUUCGAGUGAAUGAAGCACACGAUGCAGAUAUAGGAAAGAACUCGGUUCAGACGUACACGUUACAAAGAAAUAAUCACUUCACCCUGACUGUAAAUACAAAUGAAAACGGAAGGAAAAACGUGGAAUUAGUGUUAGAUAAAGAACUUGACCGCGAACAGCAGGAUGAGGUAGCAUUAAUCCUUACCGCUGUUGACGGAGGCAAUCCGCCGAAAUCAGGUACAGUAGCUAUACACAUCACUGUGCUUGAUGCAAACGACAAUGCCCCUUUGUUUAGUCAGAGUGUUUACAAAGCUAGUCUGCCAGAAAACUCACCUUUAGACACAUUGGUAACCACAGUUAAUGCGACGGAUGCAGAUGACGGAGCCAAUGGUGAAGUUUUUUAUGAAUUCAGUCUUUUAUCUAACAAGGCCCGUGGAUCAUUUUCUUUGAACACAAAAACGGGUCAAAUCAAGGUAAUCGGUCCGAUUGAUUUUGAGGAUGAAUCGACAUAUGAAAUACUCGUCGAAGCUAAAGAUGGAUCUGGACUCUCAACAGACGCUAAAGUAGUUGUAGACAUCAUCGAUGUUAAUGACAACGCUCCAGUUAUUUUUCUGAAAUCUCUCAACAACCCCCUCCCCGAGAACGAACCUCCCGGUACAGAGGUUGCCAUAAUUAGUGUACAGGACCGAGACUCUGGCAAUAACAGAAAGGUCCGCUGUUUCAUUCCGGAAAAUGUGCCUUUUAGACUUAUGCCGUCAAUUAAAAAUUUUUUUCUCUGGUAACAACGAGUGAACUGGACCGCGAGCUUGUCGCCGAUUAUAAUAUUACAAUAACUGCAACCGACGAAGGUACUCCACCCCUAUCAUCCUCCAAAACCGUGCAGUUUUCUGUUGGGGAUGUAAAU